AUGGGCAAGGAGAAGAUGAAUAGAGAGGCGGCGGCCCGCAUUGCCAAAACCAACAGCGAUAAAAACUUUGUCCAGCGAGCGAAGGAGGCCGCUAUGAGGAACGACAGCAACGGAGGAAAGUCCACGUCCUGGUCCGGGUCCGGUAGCAACUCGGGCAGCGGCGCUUCAGAGUCCAAGAAGCAGAAUGAUGGCGGUGGAGGCGGCAGCAGUGGCGGCGGCGGCUCCGAGACGAAGUAG